AUGGCAUCAAAUUUUACAAACGGAACUUCUUUAAGAUUGAGUGAAAUUGAAUACCAGGAAUUUCUGGACAGAGGGAUUCCAGCUACAAUCUUCCUGCUAUUUUUGUCAGUCGUAGGAACAAUUGGCAAUAUACACACAAUCUUGGUAUAUUUGUUAUCACCGAUCAUGGCAAAAUAUUCCGUUCGAGUUUUUAUCAUUUGGCUUGCCUUUAUCGAUCUAACAGCAUGUUUGUUUUGUAUGCCUUUUGAGAUUUUUGAUAUUAGAUACAACUACACAUUUUCAUCUGUAGGUGCUUGCAAAUUCUUUAGAUUUCUAAAUCACAUUGUAACAGUUGCCUCCGGCUGUUUAUUGACUUCAAUUGCUAUUGAGAGAUAUAGGAGUAUUAUCAAAAACUUGCCCGUACUAUUUGCUAAUUCACAGAGAUCGACUGUCAUAUCUGCCAGUCUGGUAGGAUUAUCUAUGAUAUUGUCAAUUCCUGCAAUUAUAUUGUAUGGUCUGAACGAAAAAGAAACAUCUAUGUUCGGCCGGACCACAAAGGAUUGUAGAAUUUUAUCAGAAUAUCACAGUAUACUUAAUGUAGGAGUUUAUUACAGUAUAUUAGUAAUUAUAGGUUCAGUUGGCACUGUCAUGUGCAUCGUUUCAUAUGGAAGAAUACUGUGUAAAAUUUGUACUCGGAAAGAUUGGAGGGAAUCGUUAGGAAAGAAAACAGAUUCGUCUUCCAAUUUAUCUUCGGAGACUACCAAAGUAAUAUCUACUAUUCAAAACGGGGAGGAAAAAAUAAUGAAAGUACACAUUGAAAAGAAAAAGGCUACUCGUUCAUCACACAAUCUUGGAAAUGCGAUUCAACUAACAACAAGCCUCAUGAUAGCAACCGCUAUUUCCUAUAUAGGAUAUAUGUUGCAUGUUUUCACAGAUAUAGUCAAAAUGCUAAAUCCUAAGAUGUAUCAAAAUAUUGUCCGACAAGUAUCCCAAAUUCUAUUGCGCGGAUAUUUUGUUAACAAUGCAGCCAAUCCCAUCGUAUUUUGUCUUUUGGAUAGAACUUUUCGACAGGAAUGCUUGAAAUUGUAUGGAAAAACAUUUUGGAAGAAACAUUAA